AUGUCGGCAGCAGCAAACGUUCUAUCUCGAGCUCUCGUCCCCGCCGCUUUCGGUUUGGCCCUAAUACAGGCGAGCAUUUACGAUGUCCCUGGAGGUUAUCGCGCAGUUAUGUUCGAUAGGUUUGCCGGAGUGAAACCUGAGGCGAGUGAAAAAGACUCGAAGGCAUCGCCCGAGGGUACUCAUUUUCUUGUUCCGUGGCUGCAACGAGCUAUUCUGUAUGAUUGCCGCAUAAAGCCUAGGAACAUUUCGACAACUACUGGGUCCAAAGACCUGCAAAUGAUUUCUAUUACCUUGCGAGUCAUGUCCCGACCGGACGUAAACCACCUGGCCAGAAUUUAUCAGACUCUUGGUCUGGAUUAUGAUGAACGUGUCCUUCCCUCGAUCGGAAACGAAGUGCUCAAGAGCAUUGUUGCACAAUUUGAUGCUGCCGAACUGAUCACCCAGCGCGAGGUGGUGUCUUCCCGCAUCCGUGAGGAUCUCCUGGCUCGUGCCGGAGAAUUUAAUAUCAAACUCGAGGAUGUGUCGAUCACGCACCUUACCUUUGGACAGGAGUUCACAACAGCCGUCGAAGCUAAACAGAUUGCGCAGCAAGAUGCUGAGCGGGCAAAGUUUGUGGUAGAAAAGGCAAGCCCGGCAUUGGCUGAGCAAGAGCGACAAGCCGCGGUCAUCCGUGCCGAAGGUGAAGCAGAGGCCGCUGCAACAAUUUCUCGAGCGCUUGAUCGUGCUGGAGAGGCGUUUGUUACUUUUAGAAAAAUUGAAGCGAGCAAGGCCAUUGCAGCCGCAUUGGCUCCCAACCGCAACGUGUCAUACGUCCCGAGCUCUGGAGGCAACAUCCUGCUCAAUGUUCCUGCCCAACAGUAA